AUGAACUUCUUCCAAAACGCUUCGACUCCUACUUCCACCGCUACUGGAUCAUCUCGAGUUCCUUACCCAGGCGAUCCUCACUCUUACUACGCUUUUGCCCAGCAACUCACCAAGGGUCUGACUCCGAUCCAGCAACAAGCCCUCUACCAACAGCAGCAAAUGGCUUACGCCGGACAAUAUGCUAACACUGGCCUCACUGGCCUCUAUGGCAACCCAGCAUCUACUGGCUACGGCGCUGGACCUCGAAAACAACGACGAGAACGAACAACAUUCACUCGAGCCCAGUUGGAACUUCUCGAAGAACUCUUCGAAAAGACAAAAUAUCCAGACAUCUUCAUGCGUGAAGAGAUGGCUCUCAAGAUUGGUCUUCCAGAAUCGCGAGUCCAGGUUUGGUUCAAGAACCGACGUGCCAAGUUCCGACAGCAGCAGAAAUCUCCCAAAAACACUCCGUCUAACACAAGCGUCGAGAAAGAAUCCGACAAAUCGGACGCCGAUUCUGAAAAGCCCGCUACUCCAGAUGAAGUUGAUCUCAACCUCCGAUCAUCACCAAACUCCAGCCAGUCACCAAAUUCGUCUGGUUAUGACACUCUCGAUUCUGGCAAGAGCAUCAACACUGCUGAGAAUCUCAUUGAAGAGGCGAUCAACUCCCCAGACAAGGUCCAAGUCGAAUAUGGCAUCAAACAAGAGGAACAGCAAGCUGAUUUGAGCUCUAUCGGAGAGUUCACUCCAGUCGAGCAGCCAAAACUUGACCAGUCAUCUGACAAUGCUUCUGAUGACUUGACUCCACUCACCACUUCCUCUCCUAAAGCUGAAGAAAACAACACCACUGAAAACUUACAGACUUGGUCCUCUCCAACUUCCUCUUCUCAAAACCAGCAACAAACUACUCAGCCAGCUUUUAACGGCGAAACUACCACUACUCAACAACAAACAAGCUCUUACUACGACUCUGUGAUGUACCAACAGUAUUACGCUCAAUACAUGGCGCAGCUUCAGCAACAACAGCAGCACCAGGCCCAAGAAAGCCAGUGGAAAUUCCAAGCCCUCUGA